AUGGAUUGGACGACCCGCGAGUCAAGGAGGCAUAUGAAGCAGCCGUUGCAGAGGCGGGGGGAUGGUAUGUUCCUGCUCAAGUAUGCUAGCCGCGAUGAAGUUGAGCUUCUGGGUCAGGGCACCGGCGGGAUUGUCGAGAUUCGAAACAACAUAGCAGAGUAUACAGACAAGUCGCCGCUGUACGGAUAUCUGAGAUACAGGCGUCGGAAUGUCAUCAUCAAAUACCUGCCUGAGGAUUGUUCCAGAUUGGUCCAAGCGCGGGUGACCGUUCACUUUGAUUCUGUUUGUGACCGCUUCUCGCCCCACGAUACAGUGUUUGAGAUCACCGAGGCGAAGGAACUGAAGGACACCAAGCUCUCGGCUGCUUGCUCACUCCACGCUGCUUCGGGUUCGACUUCAUCUUCUACCAGUUCGUUGCGCCGAAGACGAUUGGUGGAAAUUGCCGAGGAAGAAGAGGAAGAGGAACGAGAUCGCAAAAGACAAUCGACUGUGCAGGAACACGAUCGCCCUGGGUCUCCGGGCCAAUAUGUUGUACAGCCUCCGGUGAAGCUCAACGCAGAUCUUGCCACGAUACCCGACGCUUCCAGAUUCACCGACGGACGAGAUCCUCCUCAGUUUACGGGUGUUGACAGGCCCUCUUCACCGGCUCAAUCGUUCGAUGACGCGGGGAGGCGCAUGUCCUCGCUUGACCUCUAUCCUAGCAGCUCGUAUCCUUACCCCAAACCAAAAGUAAGGCUCGGUCCAAGGCCCUCAGUUGAGGCGUCAGGGCGCCCCAAGACUCCUGGAGGCGGGACUGCCAAACUUGUGGCAUCAAUGCCUUCUAGUGUCAAGGCACUGUCCAAGGUUUCCAAGAAAGGCCGUUCUGCCGACGACGACGAAGACGUCCUGGAAUCGCCGAUCAAGGAGGAGCCGGAGAAUCCGUUUCCAGAUCUGGCGCCAACCAAGCCUGUCGAAGACGAUCCUGCUCGAUUUUUGACCAGUAGCGACAUCCCGGCCUCCGCCCCAGCACCAGUGCCUACGGCCACACUUGCCCCGCCACCAAGCAAGCCGAACACGAUCUCACCCGAAAAAGCACGGCUUUUGAAGGCUAUGAAGCUGAGAGAAAAGAAAAAGAUGAUGAACUCGCAAUCCGCGGAAGGCCUGUCUGCAGGCGAUGUUUCUCCGGCACCCACCACUCCAGGUCUGGCAGACGACAACCACCUCGAAACUCCACAGGAGGUGACAAUGGAAAGCGCUUCACCUGAAGCUGCGGGAGAGGAAGCUGCCAUUAUCGACAAAGCCGAUUCAGGCAUUGAGAUUGAAAUCGUGACUGAUUUGGGCUCUGUCGAUGCUCAGACAGACUCGCACCCUCCAUCGCCCCUGGCCUCUUCUGAUAUCGGUGAUUCAACCCAGGCUUCGUCUCUCUCGGAUUCUACAGACGAAACCAUUCUCGGUAAGGACCAGGGCAAGGAAACUCCCAUUGAAAAGGAGAUCCAGCAAACCGAGACCAACAGUCACAAACCGGACGCUCUAUCUCUGGAUGGUCAGGCAACAAGCAUCAUUGCACCCAUGGAAGACGCAUCGGCCGUUCUGAAAGAUGACAGUGCUGCCGGAGCGCCCGCAUCCGCCAACACUACGGUGACACAGGAACCUCCAGUUCAGACUUUACCGGUAUCCCGGUUCUCAGUUGCGGCUUUCCCAGCCGGAGUCUCCAACGAAGACGCAGGUAGUCCCGGUUCUGCAGAAACCGUCAAGGAAGAGCCCUCAGCAACUGAUCCCGAGACUGCACCAGCGGUCGAAAACGAGGAAGAAACAUCUCCAGCGCGACUUCCGCUCUCCAAGUUCUCCACUCAAGACGCCAAACCUAUCGCCAACGUGGAGAGCCAGAUUGACACAGCUACUGUUGGACAGCCAUCCAACAUAGGGUCAGAUAUCACCGACGUAAGAGCGCGAGAAACGCAAUCGGUUCCGGCUGUUGCGGAUACUCAAAUCGCAGAAACGGAAGAAGCCACCAGACCAAAACCUGCCCCUGAGCCCAUCAAGACGGGGUUGGAUGCGCCUGGAGCGGACAAGCGGCAAUCGGUGAUCAGCAUGUUCGACAACGAUGGUUUUAUCGAUGAGCUGCAGUCUGCCACGGUCCAACAAGCCACACCCAUUACCGUCUCCAAGUCACCCAUCACGCCAUUCUUCCCCAACGAUGCGAAUUUUAAGAGAAACACCGUCGGAGGUUUGGAUGCCGUGUCGAGGUUUUCGAGGACAGUCUCGAACCCCGUUCGAAGCUCCAUGCUGUCUCCCAACGAGGCCGUUCCAGGCUCUGCCCGAUCUGUCUCGUCCAGUGCCUAUCUGCAAAAGGCUCCGCGGCCCGCGGCAGAUGUGCUGCCCAAGACAGGCAAAAUUGGUUCGAGUAUCUCUGAGCGCAUCAAAGCACUACAGCAGCUUUCAGGGAAAGCAGGGGCCCCUGUGGAAACGGUGGUGGCCAAGGAGCGUCCAUCGUCCACUUUCUUCGCUGUUCGAAAAGAUGGCAAAAUUCCAUCACGGACACCUUCCUUGGUCGAUAGGACGGCUUCGUUGAGUGGAAGACCGACACCUUCCCCCCCGGGAUCCGUGGAGUCAUCACCCGAUGGUGCUUCGAUCAUCAGGCGCGAUAGGUCCGGGUCGGUGGUCAAUCGUCUCUCCAUGUUUGAAGGUGGGAACCCCCCACGGGGCAAGCCGGAAUCGGUUCAGGUCACUGCCCGCAUCGUGCGAGAUCCGACCAGGCUGUCAGAGCAGAAGCUUGACCCAGCAGAGUACAACACACACGAUCUUCAGCAUUCACCGCUGAUGGUUGACCUUCAGAAGCGGGUUUCGUUGGAGGUUCAGUCGAGGCCUCUCAGCGCUCUGUCAGGCCGGAUGUCUCUGGACCAUGGACCCCAGAUUGAAAGGAAACAAUCCCUGCUGCAGCGUCGUCUCUCAAAGGGCAGCCAGUCGGCGGCUAACGAUCGUGAGUCAGUUGCAGAUGACGGCCAAGGCGUGCCCCGUGCUGGGAGACGCUCCUCGCUGAACGUGGUCAAAGACUUCAUCAAGGGUGCUAAGUCCCCCUCUACCGACAACCUUGCCCCCUCUCCUGGGCAAGCCAUGAGCCCUGGCUCGAGAUCCUCACCCCGUCCUCCUUCAAGCCAUCAGAACACUGCGCCUUCUGGUGGCUUUGCGCGUCGGCUGAGCAUUGGCAGCCGUCGUUCUUCAAUUGAUCAGAACGGCGUGCUCUCCCCUGUCCGUACGACUGAAGUCUCGAUUGACUCUGAUGCCGAGAGCAUCAAGAAGAGCCCUGCUAGCCCCAACCCGGGCAAGAGCAGCCGGACGUCCCGUUUCAUGCGUCGCCUUUCCAACACUCUUGUUCCCAACAGCAGAAAGGCCGGUCCCCCGUCCAUCUCCCCAACUGUCACGGAGGAGAAUGCCGCCGAGGUUGCUGCUGCCUCCAGGGCCACCACGGCUACUCCUUCCGCCUCGCCAGCUCAGCCAAGCAUUGUUGCCUUCAUGGGAGAUGUCAAUGUUCAGUUCCCCGACAAUCUUUUGUGGAAGCGCCGGAGCAUUUGCCUCGACAGCCAAGGCUUCUUGAUUCUCAGUGCUGUUUCUGGCACUGCCAUGCUGCCCACCAAGAACAAGGCGGCGGGUCUUCUCAGGCGGUAUCACAUCACCGACUUCAAGCCUCCUUAUACCCCCGAUGUUGAGUUGCAGGAGCUUCCCAACAGCGUUGUGCUUGACUUUGUCGAGGGCAGUGGUCUCCAAGUUGCCUGCGAGGAUCGGGCUGGCCAGAUGAAUAUCCUGCAUAGUGAGUUCCAUGAUUAA